AUGCACCCCGCUUUGAUGCAUGAUAUCGGAACCAAAUUUGUAGACGGUGGAGGCUCCGAUAACGUCUCGACUUCCAACACUACUUCCGUCACAACCGCUGACAAGGAGCGGACAAUCAAGCGCGUUUACUUGGCUUGUACGCGUACAUACGACGUCAAUAAAUCCGCCUACUCUUACCAUUGGCGACUAUUCUUCGAGCUCAACCUCCCCGUUGCAGUUGGAGAUCUUGAUGAGCAGUAUCUGAGUCGCAGGGCAUCAAUCGAGCUCCAUGUGACCCUCUUGAGCAAGGCGACUGGGUUGGCAAAUACAAUCGCGAUAAGUCGACCCUACGAUCUUACCCGGAAUCCUAUCGCCACCAAGUUCUGGGACAUCGUAGGAGAGGGGUGGACCGUCGCUGACAUGCUUACACUUGUCAUCCAAGACAAGAAGCGUUACAAGUUUCGGUUCGACGUAGCCAGUGGGAGCGGUUGUGCCAACUGGUGCAUAACUGUCCUCGGGGACAUCGAGGAGGCGGGGAGGUUGUCAGGUGGGGUGAAGAAGACUGCGGAAGAGUUCGUGGAUAACACAGCCCGCGAGAUAAACGACGAGCGCGGGAUGCCCCUGGUGUCGCCUAAGGGAAUUUUUUAUGAUUGA